CAGGUUAUAUACGACUAGAAUCGAAAGCAAGACUACAUUCUGAUCUGCAGGUGCGGUCAAAAUCAGAGGAAGAUCAAACUCACCAAGUGAACAUGAACCAUCGAAAGUUUAAACCAAAACCUGGAGAUUUGAUUGAAAUACCUCGAAAGGGUGGGUAUAAAGACUGGGCCCUCUACAUGGGAGAUGGAGACGUCGUGCAUUUAACUUCAGAUGGUGCAAGUGGAGAUACGAGUACUCGAUUCUCUAGGUCGGAAGAGAUUGGUGUGAUUAAGAGGGAGCCUCUCGCUGACGUAGCUGGCAAUAAUUCCUGGAAAGUCAACAAUAGAUCGGACAUAAUAUGGAAUCCAUUACCCGUUGACAAGAUAAUAAAAAAGGCUAAAGAAAACAUUGGAUGCAGAGUGCGUUACAAAGUACUAAGUGCAAACUGUGAACACUUUGUUAAUUCACUUCGGUAUGGUAUACAGAUAUCAUUUCAGUUUAAACCAAAACCUGGAGAUUUGAUUGAAAUACGUCGAGGUCUGUUUACACACUGGGCACUCUACAUUGGACAUGAAGAUGUCGUACAUUUAACUUCAGAUGGUGCAAGUGGAGAUACGAGUACUCGAUUCUCUAGGUCGGAAGGGAUUGGUGUGAUUAAGAGGGAGCCUCUCGAUGAGGUGGUUGGCAAUGAUUCCUGGAAAGUCAACAAUGGAUCAGAUGGAAUGUGGAAUCCAUUACCCGUUGACAAGAUAAUAAAAAAGGCUAAUGAAAUGAUUGGAUGCAGAGUGCGUUACAAAGUACUAAGUGCAAACUGUGAACACUUUGUUAAUUCACUUCGGUAUGGUAUAGAGAUAUCAUUUCAGUUUAAACCAAAACCUGGAGAUUUGAUUGAAAUACGUCGAGGUCUGUUUACACACUGGGCCCUCUACAUUGGACAUGGAGACGUCGUACAUUUAAAUUUUGAUGGUGUAAGUGGAGAUACGAGUACUCGAUUCUCUAGGUCGGAAGGGAUUGGUGUGAUUGAGAGGGAGCCUCUCGAUGAGGUGGUUGGCAAUGAUUCCUGGAAAGUCAACAAUGGAUCAGAUGGAAUGUGGAAUCCAUUACCCGUUGACAAGAUAAUAAAAAAGGCUAAAGAAAUGAUUGGAUACAGAGUGCGUUACAAUGUACUAAGUGCAAACUGUGAACACUUUGUUAAUUCACUUCGGUAUGGUAAAGGUGUAUCAUUUCAGGUUAUUGCAGGAAUCGGCAUAUUUGGUGCAACGGCCUUCUUCAGUCCUGUUGCUGCUGUUGCUGCACUUGGUGCCGCCUGCCUUUUCAAUGUUUUUCCUAGUGUGAGCUCAUCACUGAAUAGCACAUCACUGAAUAGCACAUCACUGAAUAGCACAUCACUGAACAGCACAUCAGUGAAAAGCACAAAACAAACCUAGAGUGUGCUGAGUUGUUAUUAAAGCAUUAAUCAACCCCAUUGAUUGAGUCGAUGCACCACCAGCAUUGCUGCCUCGCCAACAGUCUGUCUGUCCUUUCUACUGUUUUUAUUAAUUUGAAGUAAGUGUUAAAAGAAUGUUUUAGAGUUUCUCGGUUUGUUUGAUGUAGGGGGGGGAUGGGGAGAAUUGGGGGAAACUUUUUUUCAAUCUCUUACCUCGACAGAGAUGCGAUUUUUCACGUAAUCGUAUCUCUGUCGCCUCUGCGGCCUAACAUCGAGGAGUUGGCGGUCUUUCCUGGAGAACGGCCGCGGGCGCUGAGCGGACUUCAACAUCGCGGAGCUGCGAUCCUUUUCCAAGGAUCGACUGUGGAGAGCUCCAACCGCGGGGCCUGUGGACUUUAACAUUGUGAAGCCAGCGGUCUCUGGUAAGAAGAGGCCGACUCGGGAGCUCCAUGUCACGGAGAGAGUUUCAAACGUCCCGACGCGGGAGUUCCAAUCAACCCGACGCGAGGGCCUCGGACAGUCAGUAGCGGUGACUGCGGAGGGUUCAACAGCCCCGACCGCGUUGAACAAAGAGGAAGAUAAUUGAACUUUAUUACCUUCCAUCACAGUGGAAUCUGCUGUGGUGCAUGUUUAUGUUACAUUUUAUUUUAUGUGGCAGGGUGCCUUGUUGCUUUUCACUUCGUAUGGCUGUAUGGGAACUCAUAUUUCACUGUACCUUAAUUGGUUCAUGUGACAAUAAAUUAAUCUUGAAAUCUUG